CUUAUCCGGCCGCCGGCGGUCGUCUUCGGCUCGGCGGUCUUCUGGUUUUGAUUCUCCUCCGUGUGUUUCUGAACGUGUGUGGACGUCGUGAGAGAGGAAACAAGAAAAAGAUGUCAUCGUCCGCGGGCCAGUGGCAAGUCGUGAGCGGCAAGUCGAGCAAGAACAAGUCGUCGGCCGGAGGCGGUGGUGCCGGCUGAUGGAAGAUGUCCAAGGCUCAGAAGAAGAAACUGGCUGAAAACAUGCCGCGUAUCGAGCCCCUAGCCCCGCUGAAGGAGAGCACCACCCUGUAUGAAGCCCUUCAAGAGAAGGAGGAGCAGAAGAAACCAGCUGCCCCUCCUCCCAAGCCGGCUAAGAAGCCACCAAAGAAGAAGACGAAGGAAGCCGGUGCACAGCGGCCCACAAGCCUCAGUGCCCUGCUCAAACAGGUGUCAGCUUCUGAGGUCUCUCAGCUGGUGACAGAGGACCGGUUGCGCUUCCCAACAAAUCCUCUUUUGUGGGCCAAGGACGUGGUCUUUUACCUGAACAGCCAGCUGGAAGGGGCACCCGCCUCUGAGUCGCAGCCCCCUUUUGAAGGACGGCCAGCAGGGUUUCCCCUGAACGAGCUGGCGGGAGACGUGAGGCGCCAACUGGAGGAAGUGAUACUCGGAACCACCGACGAUGCUCGCUCCCUCCUCUGGGACCAUUGCCUAAACGAGCCCUGCAGGCAUUGGCGGCCCCCUCCUGGUGGUCAGAAUACCGGCAGCAGCAGUGUACUCGGCUUCCUGAUCUGCCUGCAGCUGCUUGCGUCGAGACACCCACACAUUGUGACCAGUGCCUUACCAAAGCUGAAGACCUUACGAUCUCAGCACCAGGGACGUCCCAUGGCGUGCCUUGCUCUCCUAUGGGCUGCUUCGCAGGCAGGACUUUCCAGCCUUGCUGCAGGACUGGCUGUGUGGCUGGAACUGCUGAUGCCGGUGGUAGGGACGCGGGCGUACGCACCGUACGCCAUUGACUUCUUGUCGGCGCUCCUCUCUCGCCACCCGGCUUCGAAGAACGGUGAUGCAAAUGCCGGUCGUGCCUGUAAUCUCGGCGUCCGCUCUCUCUUCCCACUGCUGGACGCUGUGUAUGGCGUGGGGGGCCGUCUGCCACUGUCGCCCGAGCGGGAGCGUGCCCUGCGUGACAAGUUGUAUCCGCGAAUGCGUGAUCUGUGUUACGCGGCCGCACCCAACCGCAGUGCCUACUUCCCCUCGUACCUUCGUCGGCUCGGUACUGGCUCGUCUCAGCUCAAUGCUGAGCUGCUGACCAGCCUGGAAGAGUGUCUCUGCAACGACCCCGAGUGCUUGUCAGUAUGGCGGCAGCUGUUUGAGCGCCAGGCAUCCCAGUCCGUGCUGCUGCUGCAGCAUCUUGAGGCUAAGGACGGCUGGCGUCGCUUGCCUCGCCCGACGCAACGCCGUCUACAGGCCACCCUGAUCUCCUGGCGCUCCACCACAUCGACGUCGGAGGCCGCCCUCAGAGAAGCCCUCUCCCAGUGCCAGGCACUUGAACGCAAGAUGGGUGGCCAGAGCUUUCCCUGGGUUCGGCUACUACUAACAACCUUCGUGUUGAGUGUUGGUGGCCUUAUCUUCUGGGACAUUCGGAUACAGCAUGGCGGGCGCUUUGAGCGUUCUCAAACACAUGUGCUGCUGAAGGACACUGGCCUUCUGUCAGCAUGGCAGAAGGGCUCCAAAGAAGCGGCCAUCUACUUACACCAGGGCUCUAUGUGGGCUGCCGAGAAGUUGCCAGUGUGGUAUGCGGAAGCUAGCCGUCGGCUCGGACCUCCUCUGGAGGCUGCGUGGGAGCAGCUUGCAGAGCUGACCGCGACGGCGUGGACGGCCAGUGAGCCGCUCCGCUCGCAACUGCUCGUCCACACACACAGUCUGCUUCUCUGGGGCAACGAGUGGGUCCCACUGUGCAUGACAAGUGUGCUAGGAGCGGCACACGAGACGUGGAGAGUGGUGGGCAGUGCCGGGGGCUGGGUGCUAGAACACGUGGUCAACGGCGCCCGCAUCACGGCCAUGUGGCUUACCGACAACUUGCUCACGGGGUCAUGGUCGCCGGAAAAAUUGCAAAGUCAGGCAGUGGAGUUAGCAACAGCCGUGCAGAAGCAGGCUCAGGUGGCACUCCACUGGCUUUGGGAUCGGCUUGGCUCAGCCCAGUGACCUCAGCACCCCUGCUGCUCCCCAUGACGUUCCUGGAACUUGGUGUCCCUAGCAUGGUCCACGCUGUUGGAACAUGCUCUCAGUGCAUUUUACCCGACACGCUGACAGUGGAAGCUGCUGCCAUUGCACUGCACUGGUGGCACUCUGAGAGGGACCUCGCAGUGUGCCGUGUGUGAUGCACUGUGUUUCACGGGAUGAUCUGACACGCGGCGGCUUUGUACGGUGCAGCGAAUGAGAGAUGGCUGUGGUUGGAGGGGGUGUUGGGGACCAAGCAAAAGCCACGUUGACACUGAUUUGUUGAGUUCGAGGAGGGAUGUGUUUGUCAACUGUGUUGCCAAGCCUCACACGGCAGGAGCGUGUCACGCUAGCACCAUCCAGUGCAGUCUAGCUGACCUGGCUUCUUUUGGUCAUGCGCUCGCCAGUGAAGCAGAGUUCAGUUUUAGCUGCGCACACAUUUUCUUUGACAUUCUCUUUUUUAGUGGUGCCCUGCAGUGUUCCAAUAAAUAAUGUUUCUGUUGGCAU